CCAUUGCCAUCGUGUAUGGGAGUGACGUUUAACGUGAACGUUAAAUGUGGUGUAACAGUUUGAUUGCAACCUCUAAAUUUUCAAGAAUAAUGUAAAUGAAUAAUAUAAAGUAAGAAAAAAUCAUCAAGAUGGCAAAAAACAUCUGUCCAAGAAGAGGCCUGUUCGUCAUCGAGGGCGAGGUCAGCCUCUUGAUGACAGCAAUGCGUCGUGGUGUCCGAUGGUCUUCUCAUUCACACCAGGAUGAGGACCAGGACAUCCUAAUGAAAGGCCUUUCAACAUUGAAAGAAACACUGAGUGAUGCACAGAGUCUUUCACAACUGGAACCUGGUGUAUUUCUCGCUCCAUUUUUAGAAAUAAUUCGUUCAGAAGAAACCACAGGUCCUGUCACAAGUUUGGCUUUAGUUGCUGUGAAUAAAAUGAUUUCUUAUGGUUUAAUAGAUGCAGAACAUCCUACAAUCGGAUCAUGUGUCGAAGCUAUAGCAGAUGCAGUAACUCAUGCAAGAUUUGUCGGGACAGACGCUUCUGGUGAUGGUGUAGUUUUAAUGAGAAUUAUCCAAGUUCUACGAGCAUUAGUGUUAUCUCAUGUUGGAGACCAUCUUUCUGAUGAAAGUAUAUGUGAAAUUAUGCUCAGUUGUUUUCGAAUCUGCUUUGAAACUAGACUCAGCGAACUGUUGAGAAGGAAUGCUGAACAUUGUCUUCGAGAUAUGGUCCAUCAUCUCUUUGUAAAGCUCCCGCAAUUUGCUGAUGACACCCGAGUGCUACCAAAUAUGAAGAAAAUGCGUGCAAAUGGUAUUGAAAAUAAUUCCCGACCUAAAAGUAAAAAGUUAAAAAAUUAUUCAAAGCAAAAAAUCAAACCGAAUAAUGAUGACCUGGAUGAAAAUGAGACCAAAGAACUUCUUAGUCCAAUAGAACGUGUUCGAGGUAAUCAUUUAUCAACAACUCCUAUCACUCCAGCUGGGAAUAUUGUAGAUAUGCAAGGAUCUUUAGAUCAAGGAACACCAGAUAAAAUUGAAGAAUCUGAAAAAUCCGAAGAGAAAAGUAAAAAUGAUCAAGGAGGUGAAUCAGGAAAAGAAGAGAAGUUAUCAGAAAAAAUUACAGAACAGGAAAAUGAAUCUACAGUUGAAGGAAAUUCAAUACAUAGCUCUCUCAAAGAAGGAGAAGAGUCUAAAAGUGAACAACAAAAAGAUGAUUCACAAAAUUUUCCGGAAAGCAAUAUUAAUAAUGUAAAUAUAGAAAAAAAAUCAGAAGAUUCUAAUACAGCUAAAGAAAAUAAUUUACAAGAUGAAGGAAAGUCUGAAAGUGUUGAAAAAGUUAUGGAUGAGAAAUCUGGUGAAGCUGUAGAAAUUAAAGUAUCCAUCACUCAAGAAAAGAAAAAUGACGGUGAAAAGAAUCUUGAUCAGAUACAAUCUCCUACAGGAAGUGUUGAAGAUUUAUCUGUUGACGAAACCUCAGGCGUCAAUCAAAAAACGCCAAAAAUUACAAUAGACCCUGAGCAAGUAGAAGAAUAUGUAAAUCAGCAAGGAGUUCGAUUUACUCCACUUACCCAGCUAUCUCCUUAUGGUGCUCUUUGUAUUAGAGAAGUAUUCCGUUUUCUUGUGUCUCUUUGUAAUCCAUAUGAUAAACAGAGUACUGAAGUAAUCAUCCAUCUAGGAUUGAGCCUUCUACAAGUAGUUUUGGAAAUCGCUGCUGAUGUUUUAGCUAACUUUCCAUCACUUUUAUCUCUUGUUAAAGAUGAGUUGUCAAGAAAUUUAAUUAUUUUAUUAAGUACUGAAAGACUUUCUAUUCUUGCUGCAGAUCUUCAAGUUGCUUUUUUACUUUUUGAAUCACAACGAGAACAUCUCAAAUUUCAAUUAGAACAUUACAUUCUUAAAUUAAUAGAAAUAAUUGAUUCAGAAUCCAAUAAAAUUUCUUAUGAACAACGAGAAUUAGCUUUAGAAGCAAUCACAAGACUUUGGAAAAUUCCUGGAUUACCUGCAGAGUUGUACAUCAAUUAUGAUUGUGGUCUUUAUUCAUCGAAUUUAUAUGAAGAACUGAUGAAGUUGCUGUCAAAAAAUGCUUCUGCUCUAAUGGGAAGCAUGUACAGCAUUCAAUUUAUCUCUUUAGAUGCCAUAAUUAUAUUAGUUGCAGAAAUUGAAGCCAGAUGUAAAGGUUACGCUAAUUACUGUAAGCCUUCAAGACAUUCUGCAUCACCAGUUUUGCCUACAGUUCAAGAAUUAAAACUUGCCAAAACCAAUAAACGAUGGCUGGCAAUGGGUGCUGAAAAAUUUAAUGAACAUCCAAGACAAGGUAUUGCAAAAUUAGCGGAACAUGGUCUUAUUGGAAAACCCGGCGAACAAGAUCCAGAAAAAAUAGCUAAAUUGCUGCGAGAGAAUCCUAUGCUAGAUAAAUUAGCGAUUGCUGAAUACAUAAGUCGAAAAGAAAAUACAAAUAUUCUAAAUUGUUUUGUUAAGAGUUUAGAAUUACAUAAUAUGAGAGUGGAUCAAGCUUUAAGGUUCUAUUUAGAGUCGUUCAGACUUCCUGGUGAAGCUCCAUUAAUUUCUCACUUGUUGGAAAAAUUUGCAGAACAUUGGCAUGAUAGUAAUGGAAGGCCUUUUGCUUCAGCCGAUGCAGCAUUUACAUUAGCUUAUGCUGUGAUUUUGUUGAAUGUUGAUCAACAUAAUAGAGAAGCAAAACGUCAAAAUAAUCCGAUGACUGCAGAACAAUUUAAGAAAAAUCUAAAAGCUUGCAACGGAGGAGCAGAUUUUGAUCAGGAUAUGUUGGAUGAAAUUUAUAAUUCAAUAAAGAAUGAAGAGAUUGUCAUGCCUGCAGAGCAAACGGGUUUAGUAAAAGAAAAUUAUUUGUGGAAAGUUCUAUUAAGAAGAGGAGCAAGUCAAGAAAGUAUUUAUGUUAAAGUAGGGGAUGCCGGUAAAUUUAUUGACAAAGAACUUGCAGAAAAAGCUUGGGCACCAAUCAUUAGUGCUCUAUGUAGAGCUUAUGAUAAAGCUCCUAACCGAGCUCUUCAACGACGCAUUGCUAAUACUUUUCUUAACUGUGCAGCAAUAAGUGUUCAUUAUGGGAUGUACAGUGAUUUAGAUACCUUGAUCGUCUCUUUGUGUAAAUUUACGGGUUUAGCAACUGGUGGAGAACCAGAUCAAGUAGUACUUCAUUUUGGCGGAAGUGGUAGAUGUCAAUUAGCAACACGAACGCUUUUUAAGAUUAUUCAUCUUCAUGGGGAUGGGAUUAGAGGAUCGUGGAAGAAUAUCAUUGAUUGUAUGCAAACUUUAUUUAAGGCUAGAUUACUUCCAAAAGAUGUCACUGAUGGAGAAGAUUUUUUGGAUCCAUCUGGAAAAGUCUCAUUAAUAAAAGAACCAACAACUCCCAAACAGCCUGUUCAAAAUCAAGGUAUAUUAUUGAGUCUAUAUUCUUACAUUGCCUUGGAACCGAGAAUUCCUCAUCCUGCUGAAGCCACGGCUAAAAAACGUGCAAUAGAUUGCAUUGUAAGCUGUUGUCUUAAACAGAUUACGGAAGAGAGCAAGUUCUUUCAAGAAGAUUCAUUAAGAUGUUUGGUAAAUGCUUUAGUCUCUGUAAAACCUGUCGAUGAAGAAAUUUCAGUCUUUCUUUUAGAAUUGCUCUUAGAGAUAACCAUUCAUAAUAGAGAUCGAGUUAUGUGUAUUUGGCAAUUGGUUUUAGCUCACAUGGAUGUGUUGUUAACUAUAGCAGCAAGAGAAAACCAUCCUUAUCUUUUAGAGCGUGUUGCUGUCGGUAUGUUGAGACUUGCAAUUCGUUUACUUCGAGGUGAAGAAUUUGCCGGAGCUGUAUUACUUCCAUUGACACCAUUAACUCAUUUGCCUUCAGCAACGACAGCACCUCUAGCACGUCAAAUUGGUUUUGGUCUCGUUGAACUUUUAAAGACUGGAGCAGCAAAUAUUCACAGCUCUGAAGAUUGGAAAGUAGUUUUUAAUCUAUUGGAAUGUGCUGGAGCAGGUGCAUUAAUUCCAAAACAGCAAAACAAUGUAGUUCUUGAGGAAUCAUCUCCAAGAUCAUCAGUUUUAGACCAAAGACCAAUUUCACCAGUUCCUGAAUGGGUUUUAGUAUCUCCAACUGGUACUGAAGCACCACUUCCAGUUGCUGCCGAUACAAUUGUAUUAGAUAAAGAUCUAUUACCCCAUGAUCCGGUGGCUUUAGUUAAAUGUUGUGAAAGUUUAACAUUUUUAGUGAGAGAUGUUGCUCAUAUCACACCAUUUAAUUUUGAACUUUGUAUCCAGUGUAUUAAAACUUUUGCUGAAGCAGUUCUUCAAACGCCUACAAAGAGAAUAAAGCUGAGUCCAAAUGCUCUAGAAACUCCUGGAUAUCAACAGUGUCCUAUUCAGUUAUUAAAACUCAUGCAUACUUUGCAUUCAAGAACUGCACAGAUUUUUCGAUGGUGGGCUGAAGAAGGUGGUACCACAGAAUCUGUCAGUUUAUGGCCACAUGCAUGGAGACCACUUCUUCAAGGUAUUGCACGCCUGUGUUGUGAUUCUCGCAGAGCAGUUCGUACUACAGCAAUUACUUAUUUACAAAGUACGCUUCUUGCUCAUGAUUUAAGUCAAUUAUCAGCUGUAGAGUGGUCUCAAUGUUUGGAACAGGUGCUUUUUCCUCUUCUAGCACAACUUUUGGGCCCAAUUGCAGUUCACGAUUCAGUUGGCGUUGAAGAAACGCGAGUGAGAGCAGCCAUGUUACUUUCUAAAGUGUUUCUCCAUCAUCUGACACCAUUAUUAACUCUACCAGGAUUUUUACCUCUCUGGUUAACUGUCCUUGAUCUUCUACGAGCUUACAUGCAUGCAGAUAAUAGUGAAUUAUUAUUCGAAGCAAUUCCUGAAUCUUUAAAAAAUAUGCUAUUGGUAAUGUCAUCAACCGGAGUUUUAACGCCUACCUCAAAUCUCUGGGAACCAACUUGGAGGACGAUAAACAAUUUCUUACCAAAUUUGAAGAAUGAAUUGUUUCCAGAACCAGCUCCUGAGACUCUCAAAACACCUCCAAUUGCUCCAGUUAUUUCCUUAGCUGAACAAGAGCAACCUUCAUUUGAUGGGUCUAUUAAAAUUCAGCCGGAUAUGGUUAAGAAAGUACAUGAAGAUAUUGCUCAAUUGCCUUUAGAUACUUCUGCCAACAUUCCUAUACUUCUUCCGGCAAUGAAUGUUGUUGAACAAGAACAAAAAAUUGAAUACCUCAGAAAUCAAUCGCCUCCUACAAUUUUAUCAAUGAAUGAAGAUCAAUGUACAUUCUCUAAGCCUGUUGUCAUUCAACCUGAAAACCGUGUUAUUUCCACACACAUUAGUGAUAUCAAAGAACAACAGCAAAUGAUAAAUUUAUUAAGUCAACCUCCUCCAAGUGUUUCUAAUCCGGUUGCUGUUCAGCCCUCAGCUCAAUCUUUCGAUUUUUAUCGACCAGAAAACAUAGUUAAUAAUGUAGAAGAUGAAAAAAUAGUUAAACGGCCUGAAACUGGAUCUAGUGAUGUAAACAAUGGAAAUGAGGCACAGAAAAGUUUUUUGGAAGCUCAAUUUAGCCCGAGUAAACAUCAAGUACAGGCGACAGAUAAAUCCUCAUCGAUUGUUACUACAACUAUUUUUAAUUCUGCCGCGUAUUUUACUGAAGAUCCUGCGACAGACCGAUUAUUCAUCGUCACUAAUCCUUGACGACUGUACAUUUCAUAUAAAAGUGUAUAUUAGAUAUUAAAUAUAUUGUAUAAUAUAAAUAACAAUUGAUCAUUCGAUCAUUUAAUAUACUAAUUGUGUUACCACACUGGGAAAAUUCUGAGUGAGAAAAGUAAUUAUAAAUUUAUUAUGUAGAAUAAAUAAUAUCAUUAUCAUUUUUAUUGUUAUUAUUGUAGAAUUUUUGGCUUGUAUAUUUUGCGUAUGAUAUACAUUAUCAGUGUAUAACA